AUGUCUCGAUACGUGAAGAUCGACUGCCACUCUCAUUACCUUCCGCCGGGAUAUCGCGAUGCUUGCGCCGAGAAUGGACAUAAGAACCCAGAUGGCAUGCCUGCGAUCCCACCAUGGAGCCCAGAAGCGCAUUUGGAUAUGAUGAAGGCGGUGAAUAUCACCAAGUCAAUCCUUAGCAUCAGUUCACCCGGCACCCAUCUUGUACCCGGAAAUCUUGACUUGACUCGCAAAGUCACGAAGUACUGCAAUGACUACGCAAGUGAUCUGAAGAAACAGAAGCCUGAGCAAUUUGGGUUUUUUGCAUCACUGCCCCUGUCAGACGUGGAGUUCUGCCUGCAAGAAAUCCCACGGGCAUUGGAUGAGCUCGACGCAGAUGGAUUCGCCGUUAUGACCAAUUUUGGGGGUUCGUACCUUGGUGACAAGACUUUCGAUCCGAUAUUCGAGCUCCUGAACCAACGCAAGGCCAAAAUCUUCAUCCAUCCAACCACGCCUUGUCUGAAGGACGGUACAGCAGCCACCCCUCUGCCUCACUUUCCUCGACCGGUCUUCGAAUUCCUGUUCGACACAGCGAGAGCGGUCAUGAAUCUGUUCAUGUCAGGGACAGUGAGUCGUUGUCCCAACGUGACAUUUCUUGUGACACAUGUGGGCGGUGCGUUUCCUCCUCUGAUCAACCGAUUCUCGGCCUUUGCUUCGGCUGUGAAGGUUCCUGGUGUUGAUUCAUCGGUCAACCCUCAGUGGGUGAAGGAGAGGUUGAACAAGCAAUUCUACUUUGACUCGGCUGGAUGGUCACUCAGUGAGCAGAUGAAGGGCAUGUUGGAGUACGUUACGGUGGAUAGGAUGCUGUAUGGAAGUGAUUUUCCGUUCACAUCGCUUCCGUAUGUGCAAGUUUUGUCGGACAUGCAUGAUCAGUAUCUGCCUGAGGUGUUUCCGCGCGACGAAGAUCAGGAGAAGUUGUGCAGCAAGAACGCAUUGCAGCUGUUCGGGAGCAAGAGCUCGCUAUGA